CUGCAGACUGUAGUACUUCUAUAUCGCUUCUUCCAUCCGUUUCCACACUUUUGUUUCCACACUUUUGUUUCAUGUACAUUACUACUCUUCUAUCUCGAGAAACCAGUAUUACUAACAACUCUAUGGCUUCCGUUUCACCCUCUUAUUCUUCUAUCUCGGGUUUAUCUGGUGUUCAUGAUAGAUCAGAUCUUGAAUCCAUAAGGGUUCUUGUCUUUUCAGUCAAUCAGUACAUUUUUGAGUUGAUAGCAAAUGCUGAAACAUGGAAUUGUCUUAAGCUGAAAUGCAAUUCUAGGCUAAACAUUCAGAAGCAGGAGUUCUUUGAGUUCUCCGAGCAGGCAGUCCUAUCAAAUCUUUAUUGGGGUAUUGACAGCAUUGAAGCAGCAUUUCAAGCAAAGUGGCCUGAAGAGAAAACUAGUCGCCUCAGUAAUUCAGAGAAAAUGCUUCAAGUACCUGCAUUGCUCGACGAGCAUGGAGUAACAGCUGGAAUUUCAAAUGAUUAUUUAAUCAGUUGCUCCUAUUUCUACCUCUCUGUUGUGAAGAGUCUCCAAGCAGAUCAGUGGCAGGCUGCACUGCAUUUUCUCCAAGCAGUAUUGGUCUCGCCUACACAUGUUCGAACAGAAUUUGUCCCAGAACUGUGUGAAAUCCUUUUUCCUCCGUCUGUUUCAUGUGACAUUUCAGAAAUGAAUGGAAGGAAACAGUUGCAGUAUGUUUCUGUCAAGAACUCUGGUGGCAAUGAUAUCAACAAAUUGAUGGUUCAGAUGGCAAGGAGAUACAAACACUGGUUAAUGUAUUACCAGGUCAUGCUAUGUGAGAAGACCACACAUUCUCAAUCUGGAUGCAAAAGUAUUCUGUCUCCUGCUUUUGAAUCAGAAUAUCUAAUGAACAAGCAUGAGAUAUCCACAAUUACAGAAUCUUCAAAGUUAAAUGACCAUGGAAACAGCUUAAGAACCUAUUGUAAGUAUGAAAAGGUGAAUCCACUUGAACCUCAAGAAGAUGCAAUUCAUGGUAUGACUGAUGGAAGUAAGGCAUCCAGCACAGUUCAAGAAAAUCAUGUCUGCACUAAAGCUAUAAAAGAGUUGGAUCAAAUUUCGAGGUUACAACCUCAAAAUUCAGUGCUAGAUAGAAACUCAGGUACCAAAUACCUUAAGGAUAUGCUGAAGGAAUCCCAAUCAGAUACGGCAACUUCAGUGGAUUCGUGGGGUAUAGAUUUUGAGGAAGAGAAUGACUUGGAGGCAACCAUGGAGGAGACAGAAAGCUUGAAGGAUAGUACAAAACUAAAUGAAAACGAUCAUGGACAAGCAACAUGUGAUCAGCAGCUGGAUCCCCCUUGCUACAUAUCAGGGCCAGAGUGCACAGAAAUAAUGCUCCUCCAGACUUCCGGACAUCCAAUUGAAGGAGAAGUCAGCAAAGCAAACAUUAGAAAUUAUCAUUCGGGCAGAUUGUUGAGAACCAUCAGUGAUUUAAGUUUCCCUGUCCUGGAAGUAGGGGAGAAAGGGGAAAAGACCUUUUGCUAUUUAGAAGAUGUUAAGAUGCUGUCAUUGCAGCCACAUGAAGUCCAGCUCUUUGAACACAUAGCGCCAACAUCUCUGCAGAGUAGGAGAGUGGCGCAGAUGAAUCAAGAGGGAACUGCUGUAAGGAAGAAGCAGAAUUCAUGUCGCAGGGAAGAAUACAAUGAAGUUUGUACACUUUCCAGGAAAGAUUCCAAGAGUGAGUUAUUGAAAAUAAUUGAGAAUGCACUUUCAAAACUUUGUUUCUCAGAUGCAUUAGGGAAAUCUGUUGAUGAUUAUGCUAUAGAAAUCACAGCAAUUUUCAACAUGUUAAACACUAAAAAAGGAGUGAAGUACAGCAUGCUAAAGGAUGUGAUUCUGGACCAACUGGUUACAGCUAUUUCGACUUCCAAGAAGGAGAUGGUAAUGAGGACAUCAGUCUUUACACUAGCAAGUAUUGUUUCAGCAAACUGUUCAGUCAUAGAUUACAUCAAGAAGAAGGGCUUGCAGUUAAGUGACCUAGCAAGGGCUCUAAAAGAGAAUGUGCAUGAGGCAGCUAUUCUUAUCUAUUUGAUUAAACCAUCUCCUAAAGAAAUAAGGACAUUGGAACUCUUACCAACACUGAUGGAGGUUAUAUGCACUUCAUACAGUUAUAAAUGUAGCCUAAAAUCGGUUCUGCUGACUCCUGCUGCAGCAUCACUGAUGAUAAUUGAAGUAUUAGUGACUGCAUUUGACAACGAUACAAAUAAAACCACCCUGGCUGCGAUAAAUUCCCCCAGUGUCCUUUCUGGGCUCCUCGAUGUUGCAAGAAUUCAUAAUCUGGAAGUGUAUGUCUCUUUGGCCACAGUCUUGAUAGCCUGCAUGCAGUUUGAUGGACGGUGCAGAAAAUAUAUAUCUCAAGCUAUUCCCGUGGCUCCUUUUAUCCAACUCCUACAAAGUGAUGAGAAGCGUGCAAUCUGCAUAGCACUUGGGUUUUUUCAUGAGAUCCUCCAAAUUCCACGGUCAUCAGCCAUAAGUCUACUCCAUCGGAUAUGCAAAGAAGGAAGCAUUGAUAUUAUGCAGAUACUAAUGCAUCAACUUCAAGAAUUGCAACCUGAUUACCAACUUCUGGCAGCAAGUUUACUUCUUGAACUAGACACACUGGAAAAUUCAUCUGGUAAAACUGUGUUUGGAGAAGCAGCCAUGGGGGUCCUCCUCACAUCACUAGCAUCUGAAGAAAACUCUAGCACACAGAUAUUGUCUGCAUUCAUUCUAUCAAAUAUAGGUGGAACUUACAGUUGGACAGGGGACCCAUACACAAUAGGAUGGCUGGUGAAAAAGGCAGGUUUGACCUCCUUGCACCACCGAAACAUGAUAAGAAACUUUGAUUGGAUGGAUCUCAGCCUGCAGGAUGUAGAAGUAGAUUCAUGGUGCAACAAGAUUGCAAGAAGAAUGAUAGAAAUUGGGAAACCUGUUUUUGAUGCUUUAGAGAAGGGACUAAAGAGUAAGACAAAAAGAGUUUCUCGGGAUUCUCUCACAGCUAUUGCUUGGCUUGGUUGUGAAAUUGCCAAAAGUUCAACUAGCCUCAGAUAUUCAGCAUGUGAAAUCUUACUUGCUGAAAUUCAGAAAUUCUUGCAUCCUGGAUUUGAGCUUGAAGAAAGAUUUCUAGCGUGUCUAAGCAUCUACAAUUAUGCUUCUGGCAAAGGGAUGAAGAAAUUAAUUCAUUUCUCAGAAGGAGUGUGGGAGUCACUUAGACGUUUUUCAAAUGUAACCUGGAUGGCAGAGGAACUGCAUAAAGUAGCAGACUAUUGUCUGCCCAACCGAACGCGUAUUUCUUGUGUUCACACACAAACUCUGGAGGCAAGUAAAAAACACAGUGGAGCUGUAACCGCCCUCAUCUACUACAAGGGAUUGCUUUUCAGUGGACACUCAGAUGGUUCAAUUAAGGUGUGGGAUAUUAAACACCAAUCAGCCUCACUUUUAUGGGACAUAAAGGAGCAUAAGAAGGCAGUGACAUGUUUUUCACUCUUUGAACCAGGGGAUAGCCUUCUAAGUGGAUCUGCUGAUAAAACCAUCAGGGUCUGGCAAAUGGUUCAAAGGAAAUUGGACUGCAUUGAAGUUAUAGGAACAAAAGAACCAAUUCGGAAGUUAGACACAUAUGGCAAGAUGAUUUUCAUGAUAACUCAAAGUCACCGGCUUAAGGGAAUUGAUUCAUCACGAAAAGCUAAGAAUAUCUGCAAGAGUAAAAAUGUAAAAAGUAUGAGGGUGAUCCAGGGAAGAAUUUAUGCAGGCUGCAUGGAUUCAAGCAUACAGGAGUUACCAAUGACUGGUAACAAUGAGCGCGAGAUCAAAGCUCCAGCAAAGAGUUGGAGAUUGCAAACCAAGCCCAUCAAUUCAAUUGUUGUGUACAAAGACUGGCUUUACAGUGCAAGUUCACUUGUUCAUGGUUCCAAUGUUAAGGAAUGGAGAAGACAAUGUGAGUCCCAAAUGACAAUUUUACUUGGGAAAGGAACAAAUAUACUAGCAAUGGAAGUGGUGGAAGACUUCUUAUACUUAAAUUGCAGCUCAUCAACAAGCACCCUUCAAAUUUGGUUGAGAGAAACACAACAAAAAGUGGGGAGAAUAUCAGCAGGUAGCAAGAUAACAAGCCUACUCACUGCAAAUGACACCGUUCUAUGUGGUACAGAGACAGGAUUAAUAAAGGGCUGGAUCCCCCUCUAGAACAAAACUGCCAAGCAUCAAAAUCCAGCAUACAAUAUAUACUAAAGAAGAGAAAGACAACUACCAAAUCAUCAUUGCAAAUAGUUAGUUGAACUUUGAAAGAAUGUUGUCAUGUAUACUAAUUACAUACAAUAACGGUCAUGAAAUAAUGCUGAUGUUUAUAGUUCAUGGCACAGUUGAGCUACCAUAAAAAAAAACAAGAGGUUGA